AUGAGGUUUGCAAUAUUAGGUCCUCCAAGAUCUUCUAAAUCCUCUAUUCUUUCCAUUGUUAGUAAUGAUAAGUCCAUAGAAAACUACUACCCCACGCUUCAGAACUCACCCACAUUGAUUCAAUUUCAGCCCAAGAGCGCCAUAGCACGAGCUUUAGUGGACGUUAAUGUUACUUUGAGUGACUUAGAACAAGCUAAUAUCAGUGAAAACCCGGAAUAUCAACUCACUACACGAAUUUUGGAAUCCGUUGCAGAUGCCUCGGGCUUGGUGUCAGCUGGCGAUGACAUGGCAAACAGGUCGACACAUUCGAUUCUAAAGAAGACUUUGAAUUUCUACGAUUUAGAUUACACGCGACCAAACUAUUUUAGUACUGAGAUGAUUUCCAACUUGAGUCCCGUGAGUUCUCCCAUUGCGUCGUAUAGCAUCGAUUCCGGAAGUGGUAUGGCAAGGCCAUAUUUCUCCUCUGUAAUGGAUGGCGGCCACAUGGAUGGUUCGCCAACUUCGAGCUCGAGUACUUCAUAUAUAGCUCCCGUCUGUACUCCCAUAUUGAUGGAGGUCAUAGACACUCCAGGCGUCCAGAGUAACGAUUUAAUACCCUUUCUAGAGAAGGGAUUGGACUCCAGAUUGGCGAGUGAUGUACUUAGAAACUUGCUCAACGAGGCCAGUACCGGAAGUAGGUCUCGAGUGAAACCAUUAAUUACCGGUUCCGGUAUGAGCGAACUGAAUGCUGCCAUGGAUGGCUAUCUUCUUUGUUAUAGCUGCAUUCCAGAGACUGCAGAGGAAGUAUCUCCACCGUCGUACGACGAUGCUACUUCGUCAAGGGUCAAGUCUACAAGUUCAAAGUUACCAUCUAACGGUUGUGAACCAAUAGAAAUAUUGAAAGCCCUUUAUACAGCAAUCAUGGAGGCCUGGAAACAAUACACAACGUUUCGCAUGGGAUGGCAGGAAGGAGAAGAGUUUGACGUUUAUUCACUGAAUUAUUCAUUCAAGCAUCUCUGGAGGAAAAGAGCCACUUCGAAAGAUCUAUCUGAUAAGGCGAUUACUCAGAAGGCCAAGGAGAUGAUGCCACCUAUUCUUAUUGCCGUUACACAUGUAGAUCACGCGUUGGCAUCUCCGGUACUUAUAGAAGAAGGUAGAAAGUUGGCCGAGUUAUGGGGCUGCGGAUUCAUUAAAGUCAGCUGCGAAUACGAAAAUUGGCGCAAUGUUGAAGAAGCCUUUUCCUUUUUGGUUAGAGACAGACUAGAGGACCUUAAACUGAAGAAAUCGCAUCGCAAAGCUGCUUGA